AUGGAAGUGGUGAAUGAGCAUGAUCGCCUGUACUUGGCAAGCCACAAGCAAUGCGUCAACGCAAGUUUGCGGGAUGUCGGUUUCUCCACCGUCCGCUGCAAUUUGUGCAAUGGAGAGAUCAAAGCUGGCUUUUUCGUCGUGGUGAUGCAGUGCAAGCACACCUUCCACAAGGACUGUUUCCACAGCCAUUUCUCGGUUGCAGACAACCCGCAAGACAAUCCACAAGAAUCAGAUGGCAUCAGCACAGGUAACCAGGUGCCUCCCUUUCAAACUGAUCUUUCGAACCCAGACGGCCCGACGCCUGAAGAUGCAGCGGCAGUUGUUGCACCAGUGACAACCAGGAGGCGUGCACUUCUUUGUCCCCAUCCAUCCUGCGGAAGCAGCCUGGUCUUCGGUUGGACGAAGCAGUCGUCAAAUUGGAUGGCGGUGGCAUCGCCGACUUCACAAAGACACCGGAUGGCCUCAGGAUUCUCGAUCUGGCACAAGGAAAGGGCGACGAAUGCUGCGCUCAAGAUGACAUUGUUGUGGUCGCUGUUGGCAGCGAUGGUGCUCGCGAAGGGCGAGGACAUCUACAGCGCGCUCUACGCCGAUGGCUUGCAUGCUUGGACUGGCGCCAAAGUCACGCUUUGGACCAGCUGCCCGCAGUUUGUUGUGCUGGGGCCGCUCUACCACAUGCUGAAUAGUGCCUGUGGGGCUGUCUAUGCAGUGGUGCUGGCAGCGCUUGCUGAGACUCUACUGACGUAUGGGCCGCAGACGGUCAACGCAAGGAUGGCAUUCAAUGCUGGCCAUGGUUCUAUGGACGUCGGCAACGUGUUCAGUCUGUUCGGCCCGGGAGUCAUAUUCUUGUUUCUCCGAAACUGUCUCGCAAUGAGUGGCAUUCGGAUUCUGUCCGAUCCAGUCCAGUCUGGUUUGCAUCGUUGGCUGGCACGUGCCAACAUAAGGGCUCCACAUCCAGAUCUGAUGACAUUUAUCGGUGAUUUUCUAGCAUCUAUUCUGACAGCAGUGCUGAGUGCACCGCUGAAUCAACUGUAUAACUAUGCCGUCAUUUCGCAAUUUUACACAGAGGCAGGACCACUCCAAAAACUGAUCCUUGCAUGGCAGUUCCUGGAGAAGACAUACCUGGUUUGGGAUGCGAGUGGCAACCUGGUUGGGCUGUCGCGCACAUUCACCAGAGACCUGGUCAUGCGCUGUGCAUAUCUCGCGACGUUGAUGAGCCUAUUCGGAGCAGUAGAACGAGUUGCCGUUUUGCUUGGACAAUGGGCGAAGGCGAGGUGGCUGAGGCCAUGCCAGCUGCCCAGUACUCGAAGCGAGCUGGAGGACAGAAACGAGGUGAGAAGCCCCGAGGGUCUGGACAAUCAGCUUGCACGUUCGCCUGAGUUGCGCUUCUCGCCGAUCGGAGACAAAGGCGACAAAGUCAUUGAAGGCAUCAAAAAGGCGUUGAUCGGUAUGCGAGUCGGUGGGACACGACGGGUCAUCGUCCCUCCAAAUUUGGGUUUCGUUUCUGAUGACUUGGCACCCAAGCCGAAUGACUGGGGUCGACAGCGCCAGAUCGAUCGCUUCAAGAAGAAGGACUGGGUCAUCGAGCUGCGGCUCAAGGCCCUACGCAAGUGA